UUAACCAGAGUAUUUAAACUUCACAGCCAGAUAAACUUUAUCAAUUCAUCCCUUUUGAGAGUCCAGAUCAGAAAACUGAUUCACUGCUGAGGAGAAGCUGUGUGAGGAUGGCAAAGCUUACUGUGUGUGUCUCCGUAAUACUGGUGCUGCUGGUGGCGCUGGGUGAAAGCAGUCCCAUGAGGCUUUGCUGCACACAGUACCAAGACCAUCCAAUCCCAGUGAAAGUGCUGAAAUACUACAGAAUCCAGGAGGUCACAGAAGCCUGCAACAUCAAGGCCGUAAUUUUCAAGACAGUGAGAAACAGACUUCUCUGUGCCAAUCCUGACACAAAGUGGGUGCAAAAAGCCAUGAACUCUGUACCACAAAAACUUUGAGCAGCAGAUCACCUGAGGAAAUCAACUUAAAGGCUCAAAGACACAUGAGAUGAAUUUAAUAUAUUAAAAUAAAUGAAUCCUCUAUUUUUAGUAUUACUUUCAAUGUAUUUCUUCAAAUAUAUUAAUUUAGUGCCAAUAAAUGGAAUAUUUUAUUAAUAAGGUACUGUUUCUCUGUUUAUCUGUAUAACUAACUGGAUCUGAUGCUUUUGUAGGAAUGAUUUUAUUUCAAUUUCUGUACAGCCAAGCUACAAAGGUUUGCUGAAGUAAACAAGUAUUACUAGCUUGUAAAUCUAACAAGAAUCUGUGUAAACCUGCUUGGAACUCUUUAAUACAGUCUUUCACUGAGUCAAGUUGAUUUUGAUAUGCAUUUUCUUUUAACAAUGUGGACAGUUUAUACAUCAAGUAUUGAGUUUGUGGUUGCCGUCAAUUAA